UUCUCGGCCACCAUAGUAUUGGAUGCAAAAUAAAAUCUUUGAAUUGAAUCAUUUUCGGCAUACUUCUGUACAGAAAGAGAGUUUACAAAUAUAUUUUUGUCAGUGCACCAGCUAGAUGUGAAAAGAGGUGAUUUUUUUACAGUAAGACGUGAUAAAAUGAUACAAAAAUUAUAUACAACUAUUCUUAUAACCUGGACAUGGAUGUAUUGUUCAUCGACAGCCAUUAUAAAAGAUCCAUCAAAUUGUGUUACGUAUCCAUGUUUAAUAUUUCAAGACGAGUUUAAUACUUUUGAUCAUUCGGUAUGGCAUCACAUUAACUCGGCUGCAGCUACGGGAAAUAAUGAGUUCCAAUUUUACACCAAUAAUCGAUCGAAUAGUUUUGUUAGAAACGGCAAAUUAUUUCUAAAGCCGACAUUAACAAACGAUACAUACGACGACGACUUUUUGACGUCGGGUACGUUGGAUUUAUGGGGAACAUACACGGGAAAUUAUUGCACGUCAAACCGAGGUAAUGACGGAUGUUACAGGAAAGGCUCGGCGGAAUCCAUUAUUAAUCCUAUUCAAUCAGCUGCUGUUAGAACAGAUAAAAGUUUUUCUUUUAAAUAUGGCAGAAUGGAAGUUAGAGCAAAAUGCCCUCGUGGAGAUUGGAUAUGGCCAGCGGUGUGGCUAAUGCCGAAAUACUCGGCAUACGGCGACUGGCCGGCUUCUGGCGAAAUAGACUUGUUAGAAUCAAGAGGAAACGACGUAUUAACAAGUCAGACCGAUGAAGAUAUAACACCAGUGGGGAAUCAAAUGGUAUCACAAUCUUUACAUUGGGGUCCGUACGUAUCUCAAAACGGUCAACCAAAAACCAUGGGCCGUAAGAUUUUGAAAUCUGGUUCUUUUGCUGAUGACUAUCACACGUUCACAUUAGACUGGACCUCCGAAAGUUUAUCAUUAUCGAUUGAUAAAGAAGAAACUUUAAAUGUUACGAUGACUGAUAAAGGUUUCUGGGAGUUGGGUGGUUUCUCAGAACGUCUAAAAGACAUUUCCAACCCUUGGUCAUCUGGCAGUAACUUGGCUCCGUUUGAUCAAGAAUUUUACAUUAUUAUGAAUGUUGCUGUAGGGGGGACAAAUCAAUAUUUUCACGAAAACCACGUACCGAAGACACCGUGGGAUAACAACAGUCCUGGCGGGCAAGCAAGAAAAGACUUUUGGAACGCACGUAAGGAAUGGCUACCAUCUUGGAAAGGUGAUGAUACGGCUUUUAGAAUAGAUUACGUUAAAGUAUGGAAGUUAGAAAAUUAGUAAUACAAAAUGUGUAACAAUAAUAUAUUUUUACAACCACUCUUUUUAAAAUAUAUCGAUUUGAUCUGGGCGUUCCAUGAAGUUCAAGCAUUAAGAUUCUAACUGUUAAGUUGAGCCAACAUGUUGGUACCGUUUGCUAUACCAUUAUCCAACCAAAGGCAACCAUCAUUCUUGGAUUUUCAUUCAUUUGUAUGCUUACCAACUAUCACAAAUGUCAGAUUAUGAAGCAGCAGCAUGGUUGAUAAUCGCCCUCUUGAUAGAGGACGAUGAUAAAAGCACGUGGAAUACGAAUCAUGUUAGCAAAUACUUUUUUUUAGAAUAAGUGUGUUAAGCUAUGUCCCAAAGGUAUUUUCAUCUUCCUGACGGAAGUUCUCAGGUUUGCUGCUAGUUCCAUACUUCUUGUCUGCCAUUUUGAAUUAAAAUGCUUAUUUUUGUAAUUAAAGUUGCCCAACAUGUUCGUGGUUAUAGCAAACCGUGCCAACUUGUUUGUUUAAAUAUUGACCGACAUGAUGACCCGGUUUACGGACUAUGAAAG